UCUGUGUCAGGAAGGACUUGGAUAAGUCACCUGAAGCAGAGUGCCUUACACAUGUCAAGGGCGCAAUUAAGGAAGGGAUUAUUACUGCUGUUGUUGUUCCUUUGUAGGCAAAACCCGGGCUGAAAUCCCUCCCUAGUGGCACCUCAGUCUCCUAAAUGACCCCUCCUCCCCUGGCCCCUGACUGGGGGGAGGGGGAUGUCCUGGCUGUUGGGCCCAGUCUCCAGCCACCAUCUCCACCCAAUCGAGUCAGGAAUAGAAACAACCGCCUCCGACAGCCCGCGGUCUCCCUCCCUCCCUCCCCCGGCAGCGAUCGAUGUGGCCUCCCCCGCGGGGGACAGAGGAAGACAGGGAAGGAGGGGCGGCGGGGCCUCCGGCAGCAGCGAGGUUCGGCGGCGCCGCUGGGACAGAGACGAUCCCGGCCUGGCCAGCGGCUCCCCAGCCACGGAGCCCUCAGGGACUGAAGCACCUGGUGGGUGCCCUGGAGGGGCCUUGACAGAUAAGAGACCCAAAGCCCAGAGCAGGAGGAGACUGGCCUGAGGACGCAGAAGUGACGGAGGCCAUGGUGAGCGAGUCCCCGGGGCCCGGCGCCCGCGUGCCCUGGCGGCGGAGCGACGAGGCGCUGCGCGUGAACGUGGGCGGCGUGAGGCGGCGGCUGAGCGCACGCGCGCUGGCCCGCUUCCCGGGCACGCGGCUGGGCCGCCUGCAGGCCGCGGCGUCCGAGGAGCAGGCGCGGCGCCUGUGCGACGACUACGACGCGGCGGCGCGCGAGUUCUACUUCGACCGGCACCCGGGCUUCUUCCUGGGCCUGCUGCACUUCUACCGCACCGGCCGCCUGCACGUGCUCGACGAGCUGUGCGUCUUCGCCUUCGGCCAGGAGGCCGACUACUGGGGCCUGGGCGAGAGCGCGCUGGCCUCCUGCUGCCGCGCGCGCUACCUGGAGCGGCGCGUGGCGCGGCCGCGCGACUGGGACGAGGACAGCGACACGCCGAGCAGCGUGGACCCGUGCCCCGACGAGAUCUCCGACGUGCAGCGCGAGCUGGCGCGCUACGGGGCCGCGCGCUGCGGCCGCCUGCGCCGCCGCCUCUGGCUCACCAUGGAGAACCCCGGCUACUCGCUGCCCAGCAAGCUCUUCAGCUGCGUCUCCAUCGGCGUGGUGCUGGCCUCCAUCGCCGCCAUGUGCAUCCACAGCCUGCCCGAGUACCAGGCCCGCGAGGCGGCGGCCGCCGUGGCCGCGGUGGCCGCGGGUCGCGGCACGGAAGGCAUGCGCGACGACCCGGUGCUGCGGCACCUGGAGUACUUCUGCAUCGCCUGGUUCAGCUUCGAGGUGUCGUCGCGCCUCCUGCUGGCGCCCAGCACGCGCAACUUCUUCUGCCACCCCCUCAACCUCAUCGACAUCGUGUCGGUGCUCCCCUUCUACCUCACGCUGCUGGCCGGCGUGGCGCUCGGCGACCGGGGCGGCGCGGGCGGCGAGGACCUCGGUGACCUGGGCAAGGUGGUGCAGGUGUUCCGCCUCAUGCGCAUCUUCCGCGUGCUCAAGCUGGCGCGCCACUCCACCGGGCUGCGCUCGCUGGGCGCCACGCUCAAGCACAGCUACCGCGAGGUGGGCAUUUUACUGCUGUAUCUGGCCGUGGGCGUGUCCGUGUUCUCCGGUGUGGCCUACACAGCCGAGAAGGAGGAGGACGUGGGCUUUGACACCAUUCCCGCCUGCUGGUGGUGGGGCACGGGCCCUCUAGCAGAGAUCCUGCCUCAUUCAGAACCUACUGAAUAUUAUGACGACCACUUCACUUCGUUUCUGAGGCACUUCAAUGCCACCCCCGGCCUCCCACACGUCUCCAUUCUCCCUCCCGUCUGAGGUCAGUGAACCCAUUUCACUGCAGUUGCAGCCCCACCACCAAGCUCUCCUGAUGUAGACUUUCCUCAAAGCAAAGGUGAAGUGUUCUGGGUUCAGUGAAGGCCAUAGAGAUAUUAAUGGGAAGGAAGCACAAAAUAAAUCCAGUCUUCAGAAACUUUUGAAUCCUUUCCUCUACGUGAUGCCCAGGGGUUUCGGGCCUUUAUAUUGCAUUUCACGUGGGCCAGCAUUCGGUCCAAGUUUGCUUUAGCCAACCCAUCAAUGGUCAGAACGCGGCCAGCUCCUGGAGCUAGCACAGAGAAUGCCGGAUCCCUGACCCGUGCGUCCCUACCAAGGAGACCAGCCUGGUCCCACAUUACAUUUCCCCUCCCCUCAUCAAGCACCACAAAAAUCCAUUCUCACAAAUAUUGCCCAGAUUUCCACUGGUAUCAGUGAACAGAUUUUUGCAGUUCUGUAUGUGUCCAAGAUUCUUUCCUACUCAGUCUGUUUUUCACACUCCAGGCCAAAACUCAUCCCCACCAUCCCGGGAGCUUGGGAGCUUUCUCCACAAGGAAGGUGGGGACUGCUUCCACCCAGUGUUUGAGAUCGCCUUGGAUUUCUCCCACAUUCUCUUGCGUGGCUGUUCUGCUGGUCAUAAGCCACACAUAAAAGUGUAGCCGGCCUGUCAAAUCAGCAACCGGCAUAAUCAGUUACCAACUUUGGUUUUUGGAGAUCUCAGCCCUAUUGCAGGUCAUGAAGUUCUUUUCACUGUGGUCAUAGAAAUGUUCUAUGACCGCCACCCCCAAAUUAUAUUUCGGCUUGCUUUGUUGAGUUUCCGUUUACAUUAUUCUAUGCAGUUAGAAACAAAACAUUCUAUCCCACAGCCUGGGCAUUUCUCAUCUCAAAAUUGAACCGUGACAGAAGCUAUCCUUUCUCUGAGAGCCACAUUCUCGGUGGUCAAAUGAUACCAAGUAGUACAGGAAACAACCCUUUCCUGCUGUAUAUACUGUGGGCUGCUCUUCAGGACCAGAGCAACAGCAGCAACUUCCCACUGUUUUGCCCCAGGAAAGCCCAACUGUUUUUAAUACCCCACACUUCCUGGAGGACAUGUGAACUAUGACUCCAUUCUUCUUCCAAUUUCUCUGUCAGAAGACUUGGGCUGCAAACAAGUUAAUCCAACUCUGGGCAACUUAAGCAAAAAAUGGGUGCAUUGGAUAGAUACCAGUUGGAAUCAAAGUAAAAUUAAACAACCAGGCUUUGGGGGGGGGGGCGCCUGGGUGGCUCAGUCGGUUAAGCAUCCGACUUCAGCUCAGGUCAUGAUCUUGCAGUU